AGGGGAUGCGCCCGGGGCUCCUUCCCCGAGCUGCCGCCCGGAGGUGGACCCAGAGCAGAGCUCAGCGCAGGACUGCGAGGACCCCUGGCCCACGGGGCACGCGGCUGCGGAGCCUCCUCGUGGCCGCGUCUGGGGUCAGGAUGCCCUGGGCGCCUCCCUGCUGGUGAGGAUGUCCUGCUGCGCGGCUCUGAACCCCCCAGCCCCGGUCCCUGGUGGGCACGACUGCGUGGGCCCGGCUUCGGCCCCUCGUGCGGGUGGAUGCAAAGCGCCGGAGUCCUCGAAUACAACCAGCGAUCGAAUCUGAAUUCCAGGAGCCAUGGACGAAAGCUCUGGGCCGCAGCCCCAGGCGGGAGAGCAGCCCCCACCCCCGGCCCCAGCAGGAGCUGUCCAACAGAGGAGCGAACCGGAGACCUUUAGGUCCAAGAGUUUACCCGCCCUGAACAGCGCCUCCUGCCGGCCGGAGCUCAGCCCCGCGGGCGCAGGCCCCGCGCCGGGCUGUCCGGGCUCCUCGGGCCGCCAGGAGCUGAAACAAUGCCUGAGCCGGUUGGCGCCCAGCCCCUCUGCCCCGUCCACUUCGGCGGAGAUGGCGGGACUGGUGGACUGCAACCAGAGGGUGGACGUCAGCAAGGCCGUGUCGGUGUCCCCCACGUUGGCCACGCUUCAGGGGAGACGGUGCCUCUACGUGGUCCUCACCGACUCGCGUUGCUUCCUGGCCUGCAUGUGCUUUCUGACCUUCAUCCAGGCGUUGAUGGUCUCCGGGUAUCUGAGCAGUGUCAUCACCACCAUCGAAAGGCGCUACAGCCUGAAGAGCUCGGAGUCGGGGCUGCUGGUCAGCUGCUUUGACAUCGGCAGCCUGGUGGUGGUGGUCUUCGUCAGCUACUUCGGGGGCCGCGGGCGGCGGCCGCUGUGGCUGGCGGUGGGCGGGCUGCUCAUCGCCGUGGGCGCCGCGCUCUUCGCCCUCCCUCACUUCAUCUCGCCCCCCUACCAGACGCAGGAGACCAACGCCUCGGCCUCCACCGACGGCCUGUGUCAGAGCGGCAACUCCACGGCGACUCUGGAGCCUCCCGCCUGCCCGAAGGACUCGGGGGGAAACAAUCACUGGGUCUAUGUGGCUUUAUUUGUUUGCGCCCAGAUUCUCAUUGGAAUGGGCUCCACGCCCAUCUAUACCCUGGGACCAACCUACUUAGAUGACAAUGUCAAGAAAGAAAACGCAUCCUUGUACCUAGCCAUCAUGUAUGUCAUGGGAGCUCUUGGUCCUGCCGUGGGAUAUUUAUUAGGUGGACUUCUUAUUGGUUUUUAUGUUGAUCCCAGAAAUCCUGUUCACCUUGACCAGAAUGACCCUCGUUUCAUUGGAAACUGGUGGAGCGGAUUCCUCCUUUGUGCCAUUGCAAUGUUGCUUGUGAUAUUCCCAAUGUUUACUUUUCCAAAAAAGCUUCCGCCUCGACACAAAAAAAAGAAAAAGAAAAAAAAAUUUUCUGUUGAUGCUGUUAGCGACGAUGACGUCAUGAAGGAGAAACCAAACAGUAAUGAGCAAGUGGACAAAAAAGUUUCUUCUAUGGGAUUUGGAAAGGAUAUCAGAGACCUACCAAGAGCAGCUGUCAGGAUCUUAAGCAACAUGACAUUCCUUUUUGUGAGUUUGUCAUACACAGCUGAGAGUGCCAUUGUAACUGCUUUCAUUACCUUCAUUCCCAAGUUCAUCGAGUCACAGUUUGGUAUUCCGGCUUCCAAUGCCAGCAUCUACACUGGUGUUAUUAUUGUCCCCAGUGCCGGUGUUGGCAUUGUCCUUGGAGGCUACAUUAUAAAAAAAUUGAAACUUGGUGCAAGAGAAUCUGCAAAACUUGCAAUGAUCUGCAGUGGGGUGUCUUUACUGUGUUUUUCAACCCUGUUCAUUGUGGGAUGUGAAAGUAUUAAUCUAGGAGGCAUAAACAUCCCUUACACAACAGGACCCUCUCUCACCAUGCCUCAUAGGAACCUGACGGGAAGCUGCAACGUCAACUGUGGCUGUAAGACCCACGAGUACGAGCCAGUCUGUGGAUCAGAUGGAAUUACAUACUUUAACCCCUGUCUGGCUGGCUGUGUUAGUAGUGGUAAUCUUAGCACUGGGGUAAGGAAUUACACGGAAUGCACCUGUGUCCAAAGCCGGCAAGUGAUCACUCCGCCCACGGUGGGGCAGCGCAGUCAGCUCCGCGUGGUUAUCGUCAAAACAUAUCUCAACGAGAAUGGCUAUGCUGUGUCUGGGAAGUGCAAACGGGCCUGUAAUACCCUCAUCCCAUUCUUAGUUUUUCUCUUCAUUGUCACCUUCAUCACAGCAUGUGCCCAACCCUCAGCCAUCAUAGUAACACUCAGGUCCGUGGAAGAUGAGGAGAGACCUUUUGCUCUGGGAAUGCAAUUUGUUUUACUGCGAACGCUUGCAUACAUUCCCACUCCAAUUUAUUUUGGAGCAGUUAUUGACACCACCUGCAUGCUCUGGCAACAGGAAUGCGGAGUGCAAGGCUCUUGCUGGGAGUACAAUGUCACGUCGUUUCGUUUCGUCUAUUUUGGUUUGGCGGCCGGCCUCAAAUUCGUUGGCUUUAUUUUUAUUUUCCUGGCCUGGUACUCCAUUAAAUACAAGGAGGACGCGCUGCAGAGGCAGAGGUGGCGAGAAUUCCCCCUGGGCACGGUGAGCGAGCUGGUGGGCCAGCCCGAGGGCGCCGACAAGCACGCCCGGACUAGAUCUUGCCCGGCCUUCAGCACCCACGGAGAACUCCACGAAGAGACUCGUCUGCGAAAGGGGCCCCACUGCGCAGCGCAGACCUACCCGGGGCCCUUCCCAGAAGCAAUAAGUCCCUCCCCAGACCCGGGGCUGCGAGAGGGGCCUGCUGCCGUGUAGCCUCGCUCCUGAAGCUGGAAAGUAGAAGACUUUAGUUUUGUUGGUUGAGUUGAAUAUUGGCGACUUGAGAAACACCCGUGCCUUCUUUUCUUUCUUCCCCUUUUUUAACCUCUAAAGACACAAUCCUCAGCCCAACAAAACUCCGCAUACACAGCCACUGUCGAUUGAGGGCUGGAUACCUCAAUGAGACUGAGAACUUUCCCGCCUUCUGUCCAAGAAGGAGGAGUUUGGACAGACUUGUUACCAUCUCCGCUAGGUUAGUUCCAUGCUCAUGCACCAAUGUGGUAUAAGGCCAAGGUACGCGGUUAACAAAAUCAGGGAGGUGUGAUGGCGGUGCCUCUCCUUAGCAUACACUCCACACCAAGGUGAGCUUGACCAUGACUUUGCAGUUACAAAUCAGCGUGGUUUUUUUUAGAUCUGAACACCUACUGUGAGUUCUGCUCCAAAGCACAAAUGAAUUUGCCUCAACUAUGCAAUUUGAUCAGGAAAAUGUAAGUGCAGCAUGUGACUUUUGCUUUCAGAGACUAAAGCAGAUACAUUUUGAAAAGAGGAAGCUCUACUUUCCUUAAAGUACUGUUGAUAGCAUUUUAAGCCAUAGCAGAAUUAUAGAUCAGGUAGGAGUUUUCAAACGCUUCAAGGGAACCAUGUGCAUAGCGUGAUAAAAGGAACAGCUACUUCAUUUCAUGAGACACGUUCUCUUAGUUUGUCUGCCCCCAUCAUAUGGUAGUUAAGGAGGCUGCUAAGUUAUCUGAUAGCUUGAAUAUAAACUCCAAUAUUCCUUCAUAAGGGGUUUUAAAACUAGUGUGCUAAACAACAUGGCUAGAAACUGUAAUUUGAGAUGCAUAAUAAGGAAAGAAACGCACAGCUUUCUCAUCCAAAAAAAAAAAAAAAUUGCUGCAGAAAUUUUUUUACCUCUUAAGGACCCACGUAAGGGUAGUUAGGAAUUGUAACCUUGACACUCAAAAUAGUUGGAAAAAGGAAUUUCAGAGAUGUAAGAUUGAGUCCCGCCCGAUCAUUUUAGUUAUCUGCCUGGAAACACUAGCAAAUCUGUAUUGUUCUCUUUCUUACGUACAGAAAAUUGCUAUGGUUGUUACUGAGAUUGAGUCAUUAAACCAGGAAGGCUAUACAUGCUACAUGGAAAUCACCUUGAAUGCAGGAGGAGGGAGACCUGGGAGCUGGACCUGUAAUAUGAUCCUAAAUAAUGAUGGAAAAUACAAAAUAAAUUGGCCUGCGUACUGAAUCCUGCUUUAUCAGGGUUACAAUCAUUUUACACCACCUUUCGACUCCUCCCUCCUGGAAUCGAUCUGAAAGAGGACUUCUCUGUUCCUUUGGGUUCAUUACCCAUGAUCCUUUCCAGCACCUCCCAGGGCAUCACUUCGAUUUAGGUGCCACCCAGAAUGCUUUCUACGUGGUUCUUAAGGCAGAUGCCUCCUGACGGCACUAUGGACUGAUGGCAAGUGAACUCAUGGGAGCUGGCUACUCAGAAAAAGAAUCAUGACAAUCAGAUAUAGGAGGGACUGUGAGCUCCAAAUACCAAUAUCACUGUUUCUGACAAGUAGCCUGCGCUCGCGGAGGGCUAACCUGGCAUAUGGUUUCCUUGGCUGGUUUACACUCUUCCACAGAAAGAAUGUGAUUGGCAGAACUGUCCAACGAUUCAGGCCUUUACCCUCCAUCCUUGGCUGCCCCGUGGGGCUGUGUGAAUAUUCCUGGGUACAGGGUUGUUUUCCUCUCUACCUAGGAAUGGCAUCAGUCAAAUGGUUCUCUUGGUUGCAUGCAGUUUGUGGAGAGGGUUAUCACUAUUGGACUGAGUAAUGUCUCCAAGGGGUGGAGCCAGUGGUCUCAGUGAUGAGGACUUCCCUUUGGGCCGUCUUGUUUGACUAAGUCAUGGAACUAUUGUUGCCUAAGUUACACUGGUGUCCGUCAAACUUUGGUCAACACGGUGCAUAUUGAAGGUCUUCAGAAAAUAUUGCUGAUUAACCCAGUGUCUACUCUGGGGCUUCAGGGUUCCCCUUUACCCUCUAUGGGAAAUCUUUGAGCUUUUUGAAGAGCUAAAGAUAGGUAGGUUGGGGAGAGAGAGGUAGUGUUUUCUUAAUUUCCCACUGAUUUUUAAGAAACUGAAUUGAGAAAAUAUUGAUGAGAUUACACUUUUUUUUUUUUUUGGUAGCUAAGGUGAUAUGUUUCAACACUGUUAUAAUUUCUCUCUUCUUGGUAGGAUAUUUUGGAAAGGAGAUGCUCUCAGAACUCCAGGAUAAGGAGUGAUGGAGUAAUCAGGUGUAAUUAGGGAGCUGCUCCUCUGUUCUCGACCUUGAACUCUAUCCAGUUCAGCAGCCUAUGGCUGGGUGCCAGUUCUCUCUCAGCCACCAUUUGACUCGUUACCAUUUGCCACUCUAUGAAAUCCUUUGGGUUUGAUUGGGCCAGAAUUCAAAGGAAUUAGCAUGAGUUGUACAUCACAGUGUUAGUAUUGUACUUCCUCAAGUAUCUGAUGCUUAUAAAUAGCAGGUGUAUCAUCAAUGUGUUGUUGGUGAGUGUAGACUAAAUAGUAAAAAUUAUGGGGGAUUGAAGUUUUGGAAUAUGUACCAAGUAAGAGUUGUCCUCAAAAUGGUUUGGGCUCUGGUAAUAUCACUGAAAUGUGUAGUCAACUAAAGUGACUGUUUUAUAGACAACACCAUUUAAUUGUAUAUAUGAGGUUCUUAUAUACUUGUUAAUAAAUUGGUUAUGUCACUUUAUAGUCACAGCUCCUAUUAUAAGUUUAAUCGACACUCUCCAUGAACUUAAGCUUAUAAUUACUUGUUUUGGAAAGAAGUCUUCUUGUUCUUUCAUAAACUCUGUAGAUUAAUAUAUUAUUUGGCUUUAAUAUGCAAAUAUAAUACCUUUGACUGUAGCCUAUUAAUUUAGAAAGCUCCAGCGGGCAGGUGGGGGUUCAAGUGCAUUCUUUGGUUAUUUUCAUUACUAUGAAAUACUGAUCCUUUGUAGGUGGCUUUAAUUCUUGAAAAACAGUCAAAAGUCAUUCAGAACCAAGGUGGGGGAAGAAAGGAGCGGAGAGGACACAAAUGUGCUAAGUGUUGACUAUUUGCAGAGCAUUUUGUCAAGCACUUAAUAUACAUCAUUCAUUUUAAUCCUCUCAAUAACUUUGAAAGAUAAAACUAUGUUUUGUUACUAUGUUUUUGUUGUUUUUUUAAAAAACAGAUUAUGAAAACUGAGGCUCUGAGAGGUGAAGUGACUUGUUGAGGACUGUAGAGUGGGCAAGUCAGGCAACGCAGGUUUCUCUGUCUCGGCUCACUUCUGGCACUAUGUGAUGCAUAUAAUAGUUUUGGCUAACAGAGAUAAGAUGUGACUAGAAGAUAGUGAGGUAAAUCAUUUUGGUUUUUGAUAUGCUACUGUUUCUGAAGAGUAGAGAAUUAUUUCUUUGUGUAAAAUAGAAAAAAUUUGUAGGAAACAUUAAAAUUUAAUGUUUAGAUUUGCAAGGUAAAUUUACAUUUAUUUAGCUAAGUGUGAUAGUCAAAAUCUUUUGUCCUAACAUACCUCAAGUAUUUAUUUAUAGUGUGUAUUUAAUACAGAACAAGUCCAAUGUCAGUGAUAACGCUGAGUUUCAGCAGAGCUUCUGAAAUGAAACAUUACGAGGAAACGAGGUUCAGAUCGAUUGAACCUGAGCUUUGUGGAUUUCAGGCAUAUGUGCUUUUCAACCCCCCUCUUUCAGAAUGUGAACAGUUUCAUUAGUUUUUUGGUGAAAAUUGGUUUAAGUUUCCCAAUAAAAGUUUUAAAUGAACAUAUAAAGUGUUACAUGUUAAGAGGACAUUUACAAAAUGUUAUAUGUAAUAUACCAAACCAGGGUCGUGACCGUUGUGACCGUUAGCAGGAGCACGCACUUGGCAAUGUCAGCCACCAGGGAAGGGAGUUGCCUGGCAGAGGGUAUGGCAGCCCCCCGUUUUCACCACCCACCAAGGA